CGCUCGGCUGUCGCGCACAUUGUGUCGAUAUACCGGUCCGCCGCUGUCGUGUUGUGCUUUUAUUCUCGCUCUGUACACUAAUGUCUGCUCAUUCCGCCGAAGAGUCGUUCCCGUUCCACGGGCUGCUUCCGAAAAAAGAGACCGGCGCUGCUUCGUUCCUCACAAAAUUCCCGGAGUACGAUGGCCGAGGGGUGCUCAUCGCGAUCCUCGACACCGGGGUGGACCCAGGUGCCCCGGGCAUGCAGACUACGACGGACGGGAAACCCAAGAUCGUGGACAUCAUUGACACGACGGGCAGCGGCGACGUGAAGAUGUCCAGUGAGGUGGAGGUGAAGGAUGGGCUCGUGACCGGACUGAGCGGACGCACGCUCCGAAUUCCUGCUGCUUGGGUCAAUCCGUCUGGGAAGUAUCACAUCGGAAUAAAGAACGGUUAUGAUUUUUUCCCUAAAGCUCUCAAAGAGAGAAUACAGAAAGAGCGUAAGGAGAAGCUGUGGGAUCCAGCACACAGAGCAGCUCUCGCUGAGGCCAGUCGCAGGAUAGAAGAGUUUGACCAGACCCACCCAAACCCAUCACAGAUGGAGAAGCUACAGAAGGAGGAACUACAGUGUCACGUGGAGCUGUUAGGAGCCCUGGAGAAGAAGUACAGUGAUCCAGGGCCGGUUUAUGACUGUAUAUCGUGGCAUGACGGCGUCACAUGGAGGGCUGUGGUGGACACGUCUGAGACCGGAGACCUGUUGUCAUGCACCAUCCUGAGCUCUUAUCGAGAGCGACAGGAAUACGCCACACUGGGAUACGCCGAGAUGCUCAAUUACUCCAUAAACAUCUAUGAUGAGGGAAACACUCUGUGUAUCGUCACCAGCGGAGGGGCUCAUGGGACGCAUGUCGCCAGCAUCGCAGCGGGUCACUUCCCCGAUGAACCCGAGCGGAACGGUGUCGCUCCAGGAGCUCAGAUCCUGGCUGUGAAGAUCGGAGACACGCGCCUCAGCACAAUGGAGACGGGCACCGGCCUCAUACGAGCUAUGAUUGAAGUCAUAAACUAUAAGUGUGACCUUGUGAACUACAGUUACGGGGAGGCGACUCACUGGCCAAACUCGGGGAGGAUCUGUGAGGUCAUCACGGAGGCUGUACAGAAGUAUAAUGUGUUGUUUGUGUCGAGUGCUGGGAAUAACGGCCCGUGUCUGUCCACCGUGGGCUGCCCCGGAGGAACCACCAGCAGUGUGAUCGGUGUGGGCGCUUACGUCACGCCGGACAUGAUGAUGGCCGAGUACUCUCUGAGAGAGAAGCUUCCUCCGAACCAGUACACGUGGUCGUCCCGCGGCCCCAGUACAGACGGGGCUCUGGGGGUCAGCAUCAGCGCCCCCGGCGGAGCCAUCGCCUCCGUGCCCAACUGGACGCUCCGCGGCACGCAGCUGAUGAACGGCACCUCCAUGUCCUCUCCGAACGCCUGCGGAGGAAUCGCUCUGCUGCUCUCAGGUCUGAAGCAGAACGGCGUGCAGCCCACGGUGCCGGCGGUGCGCAGGGCUCUGGAGAACACGGCUCUGAAAGUGGAGGAUAUAGAGGUGUUUGCACAGGGUCACGGCAUCAUUCAGGUGGAGCGGGCCUUCGACUACCUCAUGCAGCAUGCGUCGCUGCCCACCAGCAGCCUCGGCUUCACCGUGACCGUGGGAUCGCAACGAGGCAUCUACCUCAGGGGCCCGACACAGGUCACCGGCCCGUCCGAUCACGGGGUCGGCAUCGAGCCCGUGUUUCCAGAGAAUACAGAGAACUCGGCCCGUAUCUCGCUGCAGCUGCAUCUGGCUCUCGUCUGCAACGCUGCCUGGGUUCACUGUCCGUCGCACCUGGAGCUCAUGAAUCAGUGCCGGCACGUCAACGUUCGCAUCGACCCGCAGGGCCUGCGAGAGGGGCUGCACUACACCGAGGUGUGUGGAUAUGACACGUCGGCUCUCAGCGCCGGUCCUCUCUUCAGAGUGCCUAUAACGGUUAUAAUCCCUGCGAGAGUAGCUGACAGUCGCAGUCAGGAGAUCACGUUCACAGACCUCCACUUCAGACCAGGACAGAUCCGGCGGCAUUUCAUUACCGUCCCUCGUGGAGCAUCAUGGGCAGAGAUCUCGUUAACGUCUCAUUCUGGAGACGUGUCGUCGAAGUUCGUCCUGCAUGCGGUUCAUCUGGUGAAGCAGCGAGCGUAUCGAGUCAAUGAGUUUUAUAAGUUCUCGUCUCUCCUGGAGAAGGGCUCGCUCACGGAGGCUUUUCCUGUGCUGCCAGGACGCACUCUGGAGCUCUGUGUUGCUCGCUGGUGGGCGAGUCUGGGUGACGUCACCAUUGAUUAUGUCAUUUCCUUCCAUGGGCUGGUGACGGCACCUUCUCCUAUUCAUAUCCACGCCUCUGAAGGGAUUUCUAGUUUUCAGGUUUGUUCUCCGCUGAGAUAUGAAGACGUUUCCCCAACAAUCACACUGAAGAACUGGGUUCAGCCUCUCCGGCCUGUAAGUGCUAAAAUAAAACCCCUCGGCGCCAGAGAUGUGUUACCCAACAACAGACAGCUCUAUGAGAUCGUCCUCACUUAUAAUUUCCAUCAGCCCAAGAGUGGCGAGGUGACGCCUAGCUGUCCGCUGCUGUGUGAGUUAUUAUACGAGUCUGAGUUUGACAGUCAGCUCUGGCUCCUGUUUGACCAGAACAAGAGGCUCAUGGGAUCUGGAGACGCUUAUCCACACCAGUACUCUCUGAAGCUGGAGAAGGGCGACUACGCUGUGCGUCUGCAGGUGCGUCACGAGCAGCAGAGCGAGCUGGAGCGUCUGAAGGACCUGCCGUUCCUUGUGUCUCACCGGCUCUCCAGCACGCUCUCGCUGGACGUCUACGAGACGCACCGCGCUGCCAUGCUGGCCAAGAAGAAGGCCAACUCCAUCACACUGAGCCCCGGUGCGUCGCAGCCCUUCUACAUCACAGCCCUGCCCGACGACAAGAUCCCUAAAGGUGCCGGACCCGGCGGCUACAUCACCGGCUCGCUGGUUCUGCCCAAGAGUGAGUUCGGCAAAAAAGCUCAGGGACAAGCUUCAGCCAAACGACAAGGAAAAUUUAAAAAGGUACUGGACGGAUAGAGAAAGAACAGAACUUCUGCUUUUUAAUGUAUUUAUAUUGCAGGGGCCCGAUUAAAUGAGCCAUUUAAUAACACUAUUAUGUGAAUGAUACAAACCCUAAAUUCACACUCACACACACUAGUGCUGGGCAGCA